ACUUAAACAUGGCGGACGACACAAACACAAAUCCAUUUUUGUCGGAUGAUGAUGACUUUACUGAAGAUGUCGAGGUUGAAACUUCGAAAGCAAUGCUGGAAGUACGAGAUACUCCAGAGAUUUCAUGGGAUUCGAUUGCCGCUAAGUUAUUAAAGGAAAAGAUGACACUGACAGCCCUGGAAAUGCACACUGAAUUAGUGGAGGCAGGGAGAGAACUACCUAGACUCAGAGAUUUUUUCUCAAACCCAGGCAAUUUUGAAAGAUCUAAGGAAGAUUCUCCACCUUCAACCUUACCACGGACUUCGAGCAUACAGACCUUUGACUCCCUUGAUUUUGCUCGCUACUCAGAUGAUGGUGAGAGGCAAGUGGAUGAAAGAGUUGCAGUUCUGGAGUUUGAACUUCGAAAGGCUCAAGAUACUAUUAAAUCUUUGAGAGCUAGUCUUACAAAAGAAGCAGAGACGGAUCAUGUGGUCAGUGAGACAACUGAGGAGGGGAAGGAAGGGCUCAGGCAGGAUGACACAAUACGCACCAUGGAGAAAAAAGCCAUAAACUUUCUUGUGAAUGGGUACCUGCUACAGAUUGACAACAAACUUACAGCCGUAACUUUCUCAGAGGAAAAUGAAGACCAGAACUUUGAGGACUGGGAUGAUGUGGGUCUGAACAUUGCUCAGCCUCCGGACCUUUUGCAUCUGUACAGAGACCACUACAGUGGUGUGUCAUCUGAAAGAGACAUGUGCGAGGCUGGUGUACAGACGGACGAGACAGGGCAGUAUAUCGAAGAACUGCAGGCCAGUCUUCACCAGCUGGAGCAAGAGCUCACUGAAGUGAGAAAAGAAUUGGGUGGCAAAGUUAUUGAGUUGGAGGAGUUGCUAUUGUACAAGGACAAGGAAAUGCUUAGGCGUCGAGGGGUUGCAGAGGGGUCUGAAUCUGAGCCUCCCCCAAGCCCUCUGAAUGAGAAAGCCCUGGUGUUUGAUGACCUCCCUGUUAGCCCCACCCACCACUCUGACAUGGAGGAGGAGGAGGAAGACCUCCAGGAAUGCACUUGUAACCACAAUGAAAAUGAGAAAUGUCCAGUCUGUGUAAGAGUACAGUCCCCUGAGAUGUACAGACUGGACUUCUCUGAUGAUGGGGAGGAGCAGUCUGGCAACCAGUCUACAGCAGGGAAUAGAAACCAGUCUUCAGCAGAGAAAGGAGGUCACAGUCAAGAACGUUACCAAGGAGACCAGACGAAUCGUAGUCAUAGUGAUAAAGAACAAGAUUCAAAUAUUAAUUGUGAUAAUUCAGAGGUUGUUUCUGAGCCAUGUGAUAAACCAAAUAGUCAAAGUUGUGAUAUGGCAGUUAAAUCAGGCAAUGCUACAAACAGUGAACAGAGUGUAAUUAAUGAAACCACUGACGUUCAAAAUAUCAGUGACAAAUCCAAAAACUUAGACGCAAAAGCUACACCAGUAAAAUCUGGACAACAAGUAACAAGUAAAAAGAAAGGGACCAAAUCAAAAGACAUAUGGACAGAUCCUGCCCCGGAGGGUGGCAGAAACACAAACAUAUCAAAACCUGCAAGCUCAGGCAAGAGGUCUGCUCAGACCAAGAGUAAGAAAACAGAGAGGAGCAGACAUGCAGCGCAUACGGAUGCUACAGAUAGGAAGAUGUCAAGUUCCUUCUUCAAGGCACUGAAGGAUGUGUGUUUCAAUGUGCCCACCGAUAACAGGAUUAUAGCUGAGGUUUCUAAGAUAACAGGCACAGACCAGCAGAAGGUUGUGAUGAUGCUUGGACGAUGCCUUCCUCACAUCGUGCCUAAUGUACUGCUUGCUAAACGAGAGGAGCUGAUCCCGUUGAUAAUCUGUACGGCUAUGCUCCACCCGGAUGCCAGGGAGCGAGAUAAUCUGCUCAACAUCCUGUUUAACCUUAUCAAGAAACCGGACGAGGAACAGAGACAGAUGAUCCUGACCGGGUGUAUAGCGUUUGCCCAGCACGUUGGCCCCACUAGACUGGAGGCCGAGCUUCUACCCCAAUGUUGGGAACAGAUAAGUCACAAGUACAUGGAGCGACGAUUACUAGUUGCAGAAGCCUGUGGUGCCUUAGCUGGCUAUAUUCCUUCUGAGUUACGAAGUUCACUAGUGCUGUCCAUGCUGAAGCAGAUGUUACAAGAUGACAAGGAGGCUGACGUUAGAGAGGCUGUGGUCCGCAGUCUUGGUCUCCUCAUUGGCUUCAUUGCUGACAAGGACAAGUACACACAGGGUUCUGAGUUACUGAAGACUGCAUUAAGGGACUCAUCAGAGAAGGUUGUAUCAAGCGCUAAGCAGAUCUUCCUGCCAUCGUUCGCGAUGUGGUCUUACGAGCUCGGGAAACUUGAACACAAUCUGCUGCACAGUUUACUCCGCGACUUGGAAGAGCUGGAUGUUCCAGUGUGGACAGCUGCGGUGUCUACCCAAAAAUCUCCUGGGGGUGUGGCUCCGCUGAAUGAAGGCCGGUUCCUGUUGUAUGUCUCAACACUGCAGGAACUGAUUCCCUUCCUGUACAUCUCCGUUCUUGAAUCUGGGCCUUACAUGGACAGGCUAGCGGAGGAAAUGUCCUCUAUAGGUGACAAUGAAGCUGUACGUUUCACACGGUCCAGUUCGCGGUUGACAGACCUGGUGACAAUCGUGGGUAACAAGUGGCACUUGGGCGCUCUUGUCAAGCUGUUUGAAGAGCAUAUCGGGCAGGAGUGGUUUGAGCCCUGGGACAAUCUGAACUGGGUCGUCAAUAACCUGAUCCCACGACUGCUGGAAGUGGUCCAGGGAGCUGCAGUCUCGUUUCCUCGCAUUGUCUCCUGUCUUGCUAAAUGCUUCCAUAAACUAUCCACCAUGUUUGGGAAAUGCUUUGUUGAUAAAAAGGUCAAGCCAAGGUUCAUCGACGUCCUCAUGAUGGGGGAGGACCAUAUAGAUCCAUCUAGCAGUUUCACCUCCAGCUCCACCCCUUUUACCACAUGUGUUGUACCAGUCUACGCCAGUGGGGUCCUAAGUGCCUUCAAUAAUGAGGAGGACAGACAACAGCUGUCACAGUUUUUACGUGAAGCUCUCUUCUGCCUGUCAGCCUAUAAUGCUCCAAAGGAGAGUCUGCGGAUUGCCAUCUCAGAAUUGUGCCAGGAAGCCAACAACCAUGACCUUUUGUUAACAGCGCUCUGGGAGGGUGUGGUCCAUGCAUCACCCCUUGUGAGGGCAACCGCUGCUAGGAUGUUUGAUAUUGUGAUGCACAGUGUGAAUGAAUCUCUUGCCUCCACCCGCUGUGUUCCCGCCCUCGUCACUCUUGGCAGUGACCCGGACAUUUCUGUUCGAAUAGCAACGAUCCCUGCCCUUGGAACUAUCAUAGAAACAGUCACAUCCAGAGAUAUUCUUGAGAAGGUUUACAUGCAGCUCCAGACGUUUCUCGACGACCCCACAUACAGAGAGGAGCACGAGCUACACCUGGAACUCGUGGCCACCUUUGCAAGGGUCGGACCCAACGCCGAGCAGAAGUUUAGGGAUGAAUUCAUGUUGCCCCGAUUGACGGCGCUCGCCCUUGAGAACAACAACCAGACGGACGAAGGGAAGAAACGCCAGAUGGCGCUGCAGCUUUUCGAGGCAUACAGCGCCCUUUCAUGCUGCUUCAUCAACUACCAGCUGGUACAGGAGGCGCUUCUGCCAGGUCUGCGAUGCCUGAAGCAGGACAUGGCGCACAUUGCCCCGGAACACGAGGAGGUCAUCUCCUCCAUGCUCAAAGAGUACGAGUCCAAGAUAGAGACUUCCAGGCCUGCAGAUAGGAGCUCUAGUUUCACGGGGAAUUUUGCGGCGACGGGCGAAGAUAUGAAGGCCCGUAUGAUGAACCGGUUCAAAGAGUCGACAACCAAAGCAAACAUAUCCAGUCUUUUUAACAGGAAAAAGUGAAGAUCUCCUGUCUCGUCAACCGCCUUAAUGAAAGAUGACCACGUGGUGUUUGUCUAAAAAAGAGGUAAACAUAGCAUUGUUAUGCUUCAUCACGUCUCCUGUCUCGUCAAGCGCCUUGGUGAAAGAUUACCAUGUGGUGUUGUCUCUGCAAGAGGAAACACGACAUUGUAUUGCUUCACCACGACUUCGGUCUCUUUAACAGAAAACGGUGACCGAAUACUGUCUCACCAACCGUGUAGCUGAUAGAGAAGGAGACAGCAUGGACGAGAUAUCAUUGGAAGAUAAAGUGUCAGCCUCAUAUACUCCAUGAUAACUGCUGUAUCUGACACAAACAUUGUAACGGUUCUGUACCUCUUACAAAGUUUAGCUGCAGUGACAAACUCCAGUGUCUGUAACAGGUACAAAUGAUGUCCUCCUAUGUUGACCGUCGUAGAACUUCUGAAGGCAAUGUAUUAAGUAUAUCUCCAACAGAUACGGUAAUAGCCUUAACCUGGUCUCUUCAAUUGAAAUAAAUGUGGGACAGUUGCAAGCCUUGUGGUCUCUUACCACUAUGCAUAUACACAUAGAUGGUUAUCAGUUAUCGAGGCCAAACAAUGGCUAGACCUUAACCACCAAACGUAUGCUUUAUAAUGGUUUGCUUCAUUUUUAAAUAUACCAUUUAUGGUCUUGUACAUUAAAGAGCAUCAUCGCAGUUACUGUUUAACUUGCCAUGACUUUGUACGCAUUUAUUUAGAUAUGUAGUAGCAUUGCAGGUACAUUGCUUUAGGAUUGUUGCUAUUAUUAUUAUUAUUAUUAUUAUUAUUAUUAUUAUUAUUAUUAUUACUGCUACUACUAUUAUUUUUAUCAUUAUUAUUAUUAUUAUUAUUAUUAUUAUUAUUAUUAUUAUUAUUAUUAUUAUUAUUUUCUAAAUUUGAAACAUUAAUUGAAGAGGGUUUCAAUCAAUAUUUUUAUAAAAAAUUUUUUUAUAAAAAAGAGAAUUUUAAUUUAUGUAAAAUGCGACUUCGUACUAAAUGUAGUGAUCGCUUUUUUAAAAGGAUGAAAUAAAUAUUUUGCGUACUGGCGAUGCAAUACACGACAUAUCACUGAUGGUUAGUUAGAUGUAGUAAGUGUUGUGACAUGGAAUCUCUGUUCUCGUAAUUGGUGCACGAUCACACAUUCCUAAUCAGUGAAAUAGUUGUGUGUUAUAUAGUGUUACAUUCACAAAUAUUGAUUUUAUGGGUCUAUUACUUAGUAUAUUAAUAUUUUGUUUUGAUAUGUAUGGUAAUGCUAUGAUAUUUUUUCCUCAAGAUAUAUGGUCUUGGUAGGUUAGCUUGUAUAUGUUGGUCAACCAAUAGUGUACAUGUAUGCAUUAACUGAGUGAAGUGUAUCCGUAUAUGGCUGUAAAUGAACUUGCAUUUAUUAUUUGUACUUUGUGAAGUUCAGAAUUGCUUCAAUCAAUUAAAGCGUCAUAGCAAGUUUUAUUGCAAUCCCUAGCUUUGAAAUUAGGUUAAUUGCUUAGGACCAUGAUUUUUUAAUACAAUUUUGAAUUGUAACGAAAUAUUUAAACUAUGUUUAUGUAUGACCUGUAAGGUGUAAGUGUCUUGCAUUUGUAUUAAAAAAACAACAACACAAAAACAAUAGUACAUUUUUAGCCGGACUGCUUUUCAAAGAAAAACAGUCGAUUUCAUUUUACAAUUUAAAUUAAUUUACUUGGAAACAGUAUGCGUCAUAUUUCAUUUCUUUAUAAUGAUUUAUUUAUAACUUUGAUAUAUUUUUGUGCUAAGUUUGUUUUUUUCAUUCUUGUCUGAAAACAUGUCAUUUAAAAAAACGCGUUUGUUUUCUCUAGAAAAUAACAUUAGCUGUAAGAAAGUAAAUAGUUGUGGUGUAAGGUAUGUAAACACGGACAACUGUUACAACUGUUGACACUGUUACAGCUAUUAUUUAAAGCUGCACUCUCACAGAUUUACCAUUUUAACAACUUUUUUUUAUUUUUAUACCCCCAUAAACGAAGUUUGAGGGGUAUAUAGGAGUGAGCUUGUCGGUCGGUCGGUCUGUCGGUCGGUCGGUCGGUCUGUCGGUUUUCAUGGUUUCCGGACGAUAACUCAUGAAAGGCUAGACAGAUUUGAAAAUUUUUUGGUACACAGGUGUAACAUCAGAAGAUACAGGUCAAGUUCGAUAUUGGGGCUGGUGGGGCCAAGGUCAAGGUCACUGUUACUAAAAAUAGAAAAACGGUUUCCGGACGAUAACUCAUGAAAGGCUAGACAGAUUUGAACAAUUUUUAUUACACAGGUGUAACAUCAGAAGAUACAGGUCAAGUUCGAUAUUGGGGCUAGUGGGGCCAAGGUCAAGGUCACUGUUACUAAAAAUAGAAAAACGGUUUCCAGACGAUAACUCAUGAAAGGCUAGACAGAUUUGAACAAUUUUGGUACAUAGGUGUAACAUCAGAAGAUACAGUUUGGUACACAGGUGUAACAUCAGAAGAUAUAGGUCAAGUUCGAUAUUGGGGCUGGUGGGGCCAAGGUCAAGGUCACUGUUACUAAAAAUAGAAAAACGGUUUCCGGACGAUAAGUCAUAAAGGGCUUGACAGAUUUGAACAAUUUUUGGUACACAGGUGUAACAUCAGAAGAUACAGGGUAAGUUCGAUAUUGGGGCUGAUGGGGCAAAGUCAAGGUCACUGUUACUAAAAAUAGAAAAACGGUUUCCGGACGAUAAAUCAUGAAAGGCUUGACAGAUUUGAACAAUUUUUGGUAAACAGGUGUAACAUCAGAAGAUACAGGUCAAGUUCGAUAUUGGGGCUGGUGGGGCCAAGGUCAAGGUCACUGUUACUAAAAAUAGAAAAACGGUUUCCGGACGAUAAAUUAUGUGAAAGGCUUGACAGAUUUGAACAAUUUUUGGUACACAGGUGUAACAUCAGAAGAUACAGGUCAAGUUCGAUAUUGGGGCUGGUGGGGCAAAGGUCAAGGUCACUGUUACUAAAAAUAGAAAAACGGUUUCCGGACGAUAACUCAUGAAAGGCUAUUAUUUUGUCAGCAGUGUAACUUCUAAAUAACUCAACAGAUUUAAAUAAAACAAUACAUGCAUGAUAAAAAAAAAGAUACAGUGUGCAGUAACCUUAGAGUUAUGGCCUCUUUUCAAAGGAAUGGUUUGCCAUUCCUGUGUCCAGGCGGCAUUUGGGGGUAUUCAUCACUCCUGUGACAGCUCUAGUUUGUCUUGGAAAGAGCAAUUUUUUGCGUAAAUAUCUGCAAACCAAUGAUAUAAGUCUGCUGACAAAAAAAUCAGAUCGCAGAUUGUCAUAUUUCCGUUUGAAAACCAAUGUUUUAUGGCUUUAACCGUUACUAACGGUUUAAGAAAAAUGCAUAAAACAUCAAUUAUUGAACUUAAAUAUAAAAAAUAUGCGAUCUAUUUUUGUUAGCAGUCUUAUAUAACUGGUUUCAAUGUAUUUUCGCAAAAAUUGGCUCAUUCCGAGACAAAAAUUAAAAGUUGUCGAAACGUUCAAUCUGUGAGAGUGCAGCUUUAAAGAGGUUGCCAAGUAACUACUUAUCACUGUGCCAUUAUGAGGAGAACAUUGAACUAUUUCUUUCUCAAUUUAUUGGGGUAGACUUGUUUCUUCUAUAUUUGUAUUGUUUUACGGGAUAGACAGAAAGACAUAAUAUAUUAAUGUGUGAUAUAGUUAGACCAGACAUGCAUUGAAUUUAAGUUGUAAGUGACUAGGAAUAUAAUAUAAAAUGUGUUGAUUUGUUUUAAUUAUGCUGUGCAAUAUGUGCAAUGCUUUUUAAACAUGUAUCUGUCCCGGAUGAUGAUGAUAUAUGUCUGUUAACCAAUUUGCAUUUACGUACUAGUAGUAACAUAUAAAAGGUUACUACCGGUAACCUUAUUAAAAUAUACAUCCUAUUCACCCUAUUACUUCAAACAAUUACUUCUGGUAUUUUUCAUUGUAUUCAGAUUUAUUUAAAUAACGUUUGCCCUGAAUGAACAGUUAAAUUCAAAGAGAGCCUUGAGCCAAAGCCUUUGAAGGCGGACGAUUGAACUGUUAAAAAUCACAUGGCGCUGUACAUGACGUUGAAGAAACCUGAUCUUAACAUUCUUAAUAGUUGGCUACUCCCUAAGGUUAAUCAAACGAAACAAAUUGUAUGUGUUGUUUAUUUUGCAAAUUGAGUCUGCUUAUUGAUGCCUAAAUUGUGAUACACAUGUAUGUGACUUUUGUAGUUUAUAGAAGGUUUCUUUACUUUGAAUAAAUGCAAUUUAAGCAUUCCACCUACAAUUAUUUAUUAACUUUUUUGUAUAAUAUUUGUGUAAACUUUAUGAAAAAUAAAAAUAAUAAA